AUGCCUACCAUUGGAGACGGCCCGGCUGCAUUCGGUGGUCUUGUCUCUAACAACAUGUACUUUGAGAUAAGUUCCGAUGCUUGUCCCAUUUUGACUAUAACUUGUAUCGGCGGCGGUUAUGCAGCUAUUGAAGUGAAUACAAAUCAAGAAGAGGGCAGCAUGUUAGCAGGUGAGUUCGACGAGGUUUCGAUAGCUACCGCAACGUUGGCAUGCGAACAGUACGGCUGGGGAGCACCCGAACCAGAUCUUGCUCCAAUUGGGAAUUCUUUUAUUUGCGAAGGUAUCUUGGUAUUGUUUUCCCUUGUAGUACAUGAGCGCAGACUAAAACUGCCUAAUUAA